AUGGUUUCUCCGCGUCUCUCGCCUUCGCGUUCACGUUCACGUUCCUCGACGCGUUCAACACCUCAUCAUUCUUCUCCUAGUCGCACUGAACGCAAAGAUUCCAUCUCACACUCUCGUUCUCGUUCUCGUUCCAUCUCCCUCGAAAAAUCACCACAAACCAAAAAAAUUGCCUUCGAAUCGGUGACAUUACGUGUUGAAAACCUCACACGUAAUGUCAAUGCCGAUCAUUUACGUGAAAUUUUUGGCAAAUUUGGUCUUGUUGUGUGUGUCAACAUGACAAUUCCACGAGGAAAAGCCAGUGCUGUGGUAGUCUUAGCUACUCAAAAAGAUGCAGAUAAUGCCAAAGAACAUAUGCACGAUGGAUGGUUGGAUGGCAAUAAAUUGCGUGUGAUACCAGAUGUUUCUCUAACUGAACCAUCUGAUAUCCGUCGUACUACGACUCCACGUGCCAUCACGACACGUUCGUCAUUGUCUCCGAAAGGUCGCAAUCGACGUAACAGACGAUUACGGUCGCCAAUAUUACGUAAUCGUAAUCGGUCUCCACUACGUAAUGGACGUGGACGACGUUUUGCACCGUCUCCGUUCCGUGGUCGAAGUCGGAGUCGGAGUUUUAAUACCAAUCGACGUGGAGUCCAUUACCUCUUUUUCGAGGAGGACGACGACGAUCUCCAAGUCCAUUUCGACGUCGUCGGAGCUUAA